CGUUAUCGAAUACUCCACUAUCGAAUACUCGAUAGUUUAUGGCUCUUGAAAUCGAUAGGCGAUAGGCGCGAUAAACGCGUCUUGCAAAUUUUUGGUAAAACAAGAAAAUCUGUGAUUUUAAUAAUUUAACGCUACACAAGCCAGUACACAGUGCACACUAGCUCCGAAUAGCUCCGGAACUAUAACAUCUUGCACCUACAGUUAACCAGAGCUUGCAAAGCUUCUGUGCCUUGUCGUCACGUGCGGCAUUUGCACAAACUUGGCAUUUGUGGUUUUAUUGUUCUUGCCUCCAAGGACCUUGAAGGAGUGCCUGUGCCUUGGUAGCUACUUUUGCCCUGGGAUUUUGUCAAGCAAACGGGACAGAAUCCAUCGCGAAAGACGCAGCCUAAGAGCCAAACAGAGACAAAAAACACAACCGUAAGAAUCGCGAGUGGGAAAGAGUGGGACGCGGUGUAUCCGGCGCGGGGCUUCUGGCUUAACCAAUGUGGCACUUCCAAUGAGGAAUCAAUUGCAAGUCGUUGGAUGCUCUCAGUAUUGGUUAUUGGCGAGAUUGGCCCCCAGGCAGCUAUAGUUGUUGUUCCGCUUAGUCCGAGUAAUUUUCCCCCAAUUUAGUUGUCGCACCACUCGUAAAUGUCGGAGGCGGUAGAGACCAAGCCUGCGGUGGCUACAUUUCCAAAGGAAACCACCGGACAGCCACCAGUUUGCAAGCGGCCACGGCUGGAGGAUGAGGAACAGGAGCUCAAGGUGGCUGGGUUCUCGCUGAGUGCCAUCGAGGAGAUGCGUCAGACGCGGGACAAUGAGCUCCAGAGCGAGCCCAUGGACCAGCAGCUCCGGCAGUUUCAAGUGCUCGACGAGGUUGGCUAUGCCAGUGAUGAGGCUGAUGAUUCAGAUGCCAGCGACAAGUACGCAGGUGAAGAUGGCGAGGACGAAGAGGAGCCGGCCGAUGGCGAGGGCGAGGAAUAUGACUCUUCCGAAUUCGAUGACGAGGAGAUCGAGAACCUGCUGGACGAGAAGCUGCCCGACGAACUGCGCGACUCCAAGCGACCCAAGUACGAACAGCGUUUCAAGACUGUGCUCGAGGAGAAGCGCCUCAAUCACUUUGAGGUGUUGCCAGAGGGCUGGGUGCAGGUGACCCACAACAGCGGCAUGCCGCUCUUCCUGCACCGCAAGACACGCGUCUGCAGUGCCUCAAGGCCUUACUUUCUGGGCACGGGCAGUGCCCGUAAACAUGCUGUGCCCUUGGGAGCUAUACCCUGCUUGAACUAUCGCAGAGCUCUGGAGGAGGAAACCGAGGCGGAACAGAGGAAGCCCACAGAGGAGUCUGCGGCGCCAGUGGGCGUGUGUCCCAUAACAGGGGCCACAGCCACAGAAGCAGCUCCAGCUAAAGUCAUGGAUGGCAAGGAAAACGUAGCAGAAGAUGUCGAUAUGAAACCCGAUGGCUUGACAGCUCACAUGCCAGCCGCCAAAAUAGUCACCGUGAACGAGAACACACAAAAGGAGUCCAUAACCCCAGACCAGCUGAACAGCUAUUGCCAAAAACUCUUCAAAUUCAAGGUGAUUCGUGUGCUGCGAUUCCGGAGCUGGAAUGCUCGUCGCAAGUUCAUCAAAAACCGCAAGCACAUAAAGAAUAUCCAAAGGCCCACGCUGCCCGACGGCACCAAGCUGAUCAAGUUCCCCAUUUUGGCCGCCUCCGGCGACGGCGGAGCCAUGAAUCCGCGUGGCCGCAAAGAGUGGAUCAUGAAUCCCAAUGGCAAGAGCUUCGUGUGCAUACUGCACGAGUAUGUGCAGCAUGCUUUGAAGACCCAGCCCACGUACGAGUUCAAGGAGUUGCAGAAUGCAGCAACUCCCUAUUCGGCCACCGUUUCGGUGAAUAAUCUCAAGUACGGCACUGGCUAUGGGACCAGCAAGAAGCAGGCCAAGUCGGAGGCGGCUCGCGAGACCCUGGAGAUACUCAUACCCGAUGUCAAGGACAAGAUAACGGGCAACAAGGACCAGAAGAGCGGCAGUGCCAAGAAGGCGCAGAGCGAUUUGUCUGUUUUUGACGACAUUCGCAUUGAGGAUCCGCGGGUCACCGAGUUUUGUAAUAAAACCACAGAGCCAUCGCCUAAUGCCAUAUUGCUGACGUGCCUGCAGCGCAACUACGGCAGCGAUGUCCAGAUCAGCCAGGAGAUCAAUCGGACGCCGAACAACAAGAAUGAGUUCACCAUGACUGUGGGAAAGCACACCGCCAAAGUGGUGUGCAAGAACAAGCGCGAGGGCAAGCAGCUGGCCUCCCAGGCGAUCCUUCAGAUCUUGCAUCCUCACAUCAUGACCUGGGGCUCACUGCUCCGGUUGUAUGGCAACAACUCCAUCAAGACCUUCAAGGAAAAGAAACUGGAGGAACAGGAGAUCACCGUGCUGCAGAGCAAGGCUGCUGUGAAUCAACCCAACUAUGCCAUUCUGGACAAGCUGAAAUGCGAGAUGCUAAAGCUGUGCGCCAAGCAGGAGAGCGUCCUCACCAAAGGCACCUUUGUCCCGCCCAGCGACGUCGAUCUACCCACAUCUUCGGGCUCCAAUCUAAACAAUGUCGAGCUUUAACUCAAUUCUCUCUACACUUCAUUUGUGACAAAUAAUUAUUAGAUUUUUUCUCUAGAGGCAAUAACGAACUGACUUUACACGGCCUUAAGUAUCGCAGCAUUAGUAGCAUGUCAUUUUCCAUAUAUAUUAUUAUAAGCUUCAGUUUGGAGGAAGGGUUAAGAACGUUGCUUAAAACUAAAUAAAUUACAUUCAAAAUAA